UUUAAUUUGACAGCGGUGGCGAGCAGGACCUCCGGAGAGAAAGCGGGGAGUGCGCCGGGGUUGUUGUGUUAUCUCUGGCGUCCGUCUCCUCUCAGUUUUCGGUGUUGACAGCUGGUUUAGUUCGCUUCGUCUGGACCGAGUAAACUCCCCACCGACAGACACAAAAUGGAGAUAGAGAAGGAAGUAAAGAAGAUGACCCUUGGGCAUGAGUUUGGUGCUGGAGCCGCCUGUUUGAAGUGCAAGGACAAGUGCGAAGGCUUCGAGCUGCAUUUCUGGAGAAAAAUCUGCCGAAACUGUAAAUGUGGCCUCGCAGAGCACAACGUGCAGAUGAACUCGGAAGAGAACAAGAAGGUAGGAAAGCUGUUCGAGGACACCAAGUACACCGGCCUCAUCGCCAAGCUGAAGACUGACGGCAUCCCCAGCUACAAGGGCAACAUGAUCACCAUCAGUCUUCCCAGCCCUGCCACUGCUUACGUUGUACCGCCAAGUGCUUCCUCCACUGUGGUGCCCCCCUCUGCCACAGCUGGCACUGUACAGCCUGCUGGAGCUGCUGCAGGUACAGCACCCAGCAGCGCUCAGACUCAAGCUCAAGCUCAGGUUCAGCCUCAGGUUCAACCUGUACCAGCCGCUGUCGCACCUGUCAAGGUUAACAAAGUGCCGGUUGCUGUCAGCGCCACAUCAGCCACUGUUGUACCAGUCCCCAAAGAUGUGCCAAUGAAGUCCGUCACCUAUGACUGGGCACCACCGGUAGCCAAUAAGUAUCUGGCAGUGCGUUACAUUGAGCUGCUCCCACCAGAGAAACGUCCGGUGGCCGGUACAGAGGGAGCUGCAUACCGCCGGCAGCAGAUGGCCCGCCAGCUGCCCGAGCACGACCAGGACCCGUCUAAGUGCCAUGAGCUAAGCCCCGCCGAGGUCAAGCAAAUGCAGCAGUUUGUCCGCAAGUACAAAGAUGAGGCUCUGGGGGUGGGAGAUGUUUUGCUGCCUGAAGAGAUGGCUCUGGUUCAGGCAGGAGGGCAGGGUGGAGCUGGUGUGGGGGUAGGAGCUGUACCUGGUGCUGGAGGUGCAGGGUUUGGACCAGGUGUGGGUGCUGGAGGUGCACCUGGUGCUGGAGGGGCAGGGUUUGGACCUCGUGUCGGGGCUGGAGGUGCACCUGGUGCUGGAGGAGCAGGGUUUGGACCUGGAGUUGGUGUACCAGGAGCUAGUGCAGGGGCAGGUGGUGAAGCUGCAGGGGGUGGGGUUAGACCAGGAGUUGUUGGUGUUGGUGCUGGAGCUGGUUCUGGCUUUGGACCUGGAACAGGAGGUAGCGGAGCUGGAACUAGACCUGGUGGUGCUGGUUCUGCUGGUCUUGGACCAGCUGGAGGAGCCAUGGGUACUACUGCCACUGCUGGAGCCAUGGGUGUCCCUGGAGCUCAGCAAGCUGGACUACCACAGCAGAACUUCUCGUGCCGUCACUGCGAGCAACCAAUGCGUCUUGGCGAGCCUGCUGUCUAUGCUGAGCGCGCUGGCUACGACAAGCUGUGGCACCCAGCCUGCUUUGUGUGUUGUACCUGCCAUGAACUACUGGUGGACAUGAUCUACUUCUGGAAGAAAGGCAAGCUCUACUGUGGACGUCACUAUGGCGACAGCGAGAAGCCACGCUGUGGAGGCUGUGAUGAGCUGAUCUUCAGUAAUGAGUACACUCAGGCCGAAGGCCAGAACUGGCAUCUGAAGCACUUCUGCUGUUUUGACUGUGACUGCAUCCUUGCCGGAGAGACGUAUGUCAUGGAGAAUGACAAGCCUGUCUGCAAGCCAUGCUACAUGACGAACUACGCUGUGAAAUGUUCAUCCUGCAAGAAUGCAGUAGAGCCCGAAGCCCAGAGGGUUUCCUAUGGCGAUCAUCACUGGCAUGCAGAGCCGCAGUGCUUUAAGUGCUCCGGAUGUGCCAAGUGCCUGAUUGGCCAGCGCUUCAUGGCCGUGCAAAGCUUCCUCUUCUGCUCCGCAGAGUGCAAGAAGAAAACCAUGGCUUAGAGGGCCAAAACAAGUCCCUCCAUCGUCUCCGCAACCACUUGUGAAACCAGGACAGAUUGAGCUUAGCCUAGUACCAGAGCAGGGAAAACAAACACUGGUGCAGCUGGAUGGACUGUGGUUGUGUUAACAAAAUAUCGAGUGCCUGAUUCCUCUAAUAUAGAGACGUACAAAUAGUCAAUUUGCAUCUAAUUGCUUUUUGCUUUCUGUCAGUGGAAGGCCACAGUAUUCAUAAGUCUGUCUCAGCUAAACACCUUCUAGUUUCCAGUUCGUCUUCUGCCUUAAAAUCAGCAGUCUUUUUUCUACACUGUUUUUUUUACUGAUGAGAUUAGUUUUGUACUGGUUGGAGGUGGCAUUCCUGUUUUUUGGGUUGUGUUUUUCAAAUCUGUGUCUGUUUAACAGUAUUACCGCUGUUAUACCCCAAAAAUUGUACCUGUUGAUUUAAUGUGACACUAUACUGCUUGAACUGAUAUUUACACUCGUCUUUGCAGCAUAUGAUGAGCAAUAUUAGCCAGGUGUGGAGUUUACCUGUUUCCGGUGCAUUUCAGCUUCAUGAAAUCAUAUCAAUAACAUUCUCAAUCAAAUCAUAAUGCAGCAGUCUGAGAUUCAACUUAAUGAAUUUAGGUUUGGAAGUGAAUUGGCACAAUUCUGGUAGCAGUAUAUUUGUCUACAAGCUGCCAUCUACUGUAUUUUGAUUGUAUUUUAGGGGAACAAAACAAUGUGAAACCUUCCAGUAUACACCACUACCAGUGAAGAGGUAUGCCUGUACGAACUAUUGCUAUCCAAAUAACAGCGUUGGUGAUAAUCACAGGUAAAGUGCAAAAAUAUAGAUUAUUGCAACGAUAUUGGAUGACAUUAGCUUUUAUGUAAUGAUUGGCAACUCUGUGUAAUGCAACUCAAAUGAGUACAACAGCACUGUAAACUAUAUCUUCAGAAGAUGGUGUAGGAUUGAUUAAACGCCUGUCUGAUGCAGAUCAUCACGAAUAUUUGCCUACUGUACAGGUGUUUCUUUCAUUAUUAGCUUCCACAAAGUAGCCUCUCAUCUUGGGUCUUCGUAAAAAUCAUACAUUUAAAGAAUCCAUUAAAAUUACUUAUUUAAUUAAAUAAGUCAUUAUUACAAGAAAAAUAUAUCAUUCAGUAUAAAUAUAAUAAUGGGAAAUAAAGAUGAUGAAACCAAUAAUGGAGUGCAGAAAAUAUAUCUUCUCCCUCUCUAAUUAUUUAAGAAUUGGCAUACAUCCAUGUGGGUUUUCAAAGUACAGGAUCAUCCACCGGGCUCCUGAUGGAUAUAAACGCUGUACAGUUGUUGUAUAGGAAUCAUUUGCCAUACUACCCAAAGAGUUGAUGAAUUCAUGAAAAACACUGGAAAUUGCUUCACAUAAAACAAUUCCUUCUUUGUUCUUUUUGUGCCAUGUACUUUCCUUUCCGAGCAAUAAACUGCACUUUAACUGAU